AUGCAGAUCGCGAUCUACAUCGCCAAGGGCCUUGUCGCGCCCUACUUCCCCCCAGAGGAUGCUGAGCAGGAGGCUCGGGAGGCAGCGGAGGAGGCUCGGAAGGCAGAAGAGGAGGCUCGGAAGAGGCUUGAGGAGGAGAAGCGGAGGCAGCAAGAGGAGGGGCAGGAGAGCAGCGGGUUCUGGAGCCUCUUCUCAUGGGACGAUGGGGAGGAGGAGGAGCAGAAGAAGGAGGAGAAGAAGGAGGCUGAGUCUUACCUCAUGAGCUUCUUCCAUAAGAAAGUGGAGGAGAAGUCAGAGGCGGCGCAGGCAGAGGCAGAGAGGAUUGCGGCGGCACGAUACGCACAGAAGAAAGCCGAAGCAGAGGAUGCUGCGAAGGAGGAAGAAGAGGAGCAGGGCGUGCUCGCCACUAUCAGCAACUUCUUCAGCUCCAGCUAG